GCCACUUGUGAUGGAUUUUUAGCACUUUGGCAGUUUGGUAACUCCGAUUCAGAUAGGAGGUUCUCGAGGUCUGAAGACGCGGACGUACCCACCGAUGGCCUGUUCCUGGAUUCAGCACUAGCCCAGAGGCCGACCUGCGGUUUCUGCAGGAGGGUCUUCCGGCGUGCUGAGGAGCUGAAGGAGCACGUCCACCAGCACGCUUUCUCCAUGCUUCUCCCGUUCGACGUGGUUGACUGCUCGCGGCCUGGCCUUGCUGACAGCGUGCCUCCCGGCCAGCUCGCCCGCUUCCAGUGCUCCAAAUGCCCCGCGAGCUUCACCCUGAAAUCCAACAUGGAUCGGCACGAAAAGACCAUCCACUUCAACUGUAAGAAGAUGCAGUGUCCUCACUGCGCCAAGCUGUUUCGAGACAAGACAGACUUAAACCGACAUCUUACAUCCGUGCACUCGAGCGAGCGUGCUUUUGUGUGUCUCUUCUGUGGCAAGGGCUUUGGUACCCAGAAGAACCUCGCUAACCACGUGAAAGCGUGUUACCUGGGCUCUGCCCGGCUGGGCGGGUUGGAGCUUUUGGACAGCGUAGGACGAAACGAGGAUCCUGAGGAUGCGUAG